AUGGCUGCAACAAAUUUAGAUUCAGUUCCCUCAAGGCGUUCAUACAAGUUUGAAAUAUCAACGAGUAGAGAACCAUCAACUGAAAACACAAUAUACAAUAGUACACAAAAUGACACAAAUACGCCAAGAACAGGCUCAUAUUACAAUGCAGUAGCGAAGUAUUACACUGGAAUGAACCGUUUUGUACUACUCUUCCUGUACUGUGUCACAGUGGUCAUGUGUUCCAGCAUCUACUAUAACUGGUCCUCGCUCUCAAGACUGCUCAUAAGAGCAGGCAUCUACCAUUGGCACUGCCCACAAAAGUCGUUCAUAGCUAAGCUGGAAGGCCAAAUAAAGUGCAACAAACAGUUUUUAAAGCUGGCGAAUCUACUAGUUCUGACAAGGAGCGUAGACAUGGGAGUUUCUGCCAUAACAGGAUAUAUAGUUGACAGAUUUACCCUGAGAUAUGUGAUGGUAGGAGGAGGAGUAUGUUUCUUUUUCGCAUGGAUUUGCCUCGGGUACAACUCAUCCCACGACUUCCUGAUCAUAAUCGCGUUUAUUCUUUUCGCCAUCUCAGCCUCAUGCGUAAUGAUGGCAACAUUAAACGUAAUGAACCUCUUUUGGGGACACAGAGCACUCCUGAUCUGCUUUACAAUCAGCUUUGCAGAUGAUCUCAGCACUUUUAUUCCUGUCCUGCUCAAUUGGGCCUUUACACUCACAAGUCCCGAUAACUCCAACGUCUUCUUCAGGUACAUGUCCCUCACAGGAAUACCACUUGUCCUCAUUGGCUCGUUCGCAAUGCCGCUUAGAUCCUGGAAUUACUAUAUCAAGGAGUAUUUUAGUUUGUACGGGAGGUCAUUCAGCGUUAUUUCUGGUGGAAGUAAAAAUAAAAAGAGCAUUAGUGGCUCAAGAUCUAGAUCUUGGGGUCUUAACCACACUGGUAGCUCAAAUAUAACACAUACCUCCUAUGAGUCAAAUUAUGACAAUAAGUCGAGUUUCCUAGAUCAAUCAUCUAAUUCAAAGAGCCUUGAACAAGUCGUGACAAACAGCGUUAAUCGUGUCCACUUGGAUAGAGAACUGGAUGAUACUGUUCUGUUGGAUGAAAAGUACCAGGAUCACGUAACACUAUUGGAUGGUAGUGAUGUAGAAUCAGAACAGUUCCAAAGAUUAAGAACGUCUAAAACUACAUCAUCUAGGUCUUCGUACGAAUCGAACCCAGUUUCUACUUUUAUGGACGUUCACAGCGGAGUUGACACUAACACCGUUAAUGAUACGAUACUAAAAAGAGCUGAAAAUAGAGCUUCUCUAUAUCAUAUAUUUAGUAUAAGAUUCCUAUUAAUCCUGUCGUGCUUCACAAUAACUAACUUUACCAAUAUCUUCAUGUCAAAUCUGCUCCUAAAGAACUAUUCAGGAAGAGGCAACGUCCUCCUGACGUCCGAAAUCCUCCUCUCACUGACAUGUAUCCCAGGUUUCAUACUCGGAGUUGUCUUCGACUACUCCGUUAAAUACGUUAAUUUAUUUUUGAAUUUUGUCUCAAUUGUAGCCUUUGGAUUCCUGUUCACAAAGAACCUGACGCUCGGAUACCUCGUUGCACUACUUCAUACCAUAAUCACCUCAGUGGAUGUCACGACUCUCAUCGUUUACGUGGAUCUCAUAUUCCCAAUUGAGUACAUUUGCACAAUCACAGGCGUGGCCUUUUCUCUGGAUGGGAUUUUCUUGCUCUGCUUCACAUGGCUGGACACAUUUCUGCUUGAAACGGAAACCAAAUUCCCAAUCUUCUUUAUAUUCGCACUCCUAAUUAUCAGAAUGAUCUUGAUUAUAGUUUUGCAUAGAAUAAUCGAUAAAGAUAAGACGAAGAAAACAGAUUCUCAACUUACUAGGCAAAGAUCCUCAACACCCACUCCAUCAUCAUCUGUUUCCUCGCAAAUCGUUUAA